AUGAAUGCUACUCUUGCUCCUUUCGAAAAACAGGGAGGCGAGGAAGAAGUACCACCGUCAUCAGAAGCAGCCCGAAAAGGCGAUCGACUGCAGUCUCUCAGAUAUUCUGUGAGUGGUAACCUAUUGGAACAACCACCAUCUAGGUUAAAAACACAAUUUAUUCGAAUCCAGCAGUUCUACCAAGCGCCAAUAACGCGUUUCAUAUACAGCACGCUAUUUUACUUACUAUUUCUGGCAAUCUUCAGCCUUAGUCUUCUGAAGUCGCUGACUCUGAGUUUCUCCUAUUAUGACUACUUUCUGAUACUCAUGGUGGUUUCGUUCCUAUCGGAAGAACUCAAACAACAAUAUUCAAUCUAUGAAGUCAGUUGUUAUUUCUUAGUGUUAGCUUCACUCACACAUACGGAGCUACAGUUUCUAAUCCCAGUAUUUCCAUCUGUUCAGGCGUUUGGUCCCGGUUCAAGUAUCAGCGAAUAUAUCAGCGACGGUUGGAAUCAGUUGGAUUGCAUCGCUAUCGGUCUAUUCAUGAUUGGAUUUGGACUACGUUUACAGGCAUAUCGCUUGGUUCAGGAGGAGGCCCAAGACCUGAUGGUUCGUCAACCUCUGGCUUCAGCCACAAAUACAACAAAUACAUUCGGAAGUCUGAUUUUCAACCAAUCCCUCGAGACGUCACUUGUAUUGCCGUCAGUUAAUACACUAACCGACCUAACUAGCACCAAUUCAACUAACAUCACUUUUGCCCCUGACUGGCUAAAUGACAGCAUGAGUCAGAAUCAGACAUGGUCAGAAGACAUACUGUACACUGUAACCUCGGCGAUCACUGAAACUGCAAGUCCAAGUUGGAGUGAUCAGUUGGAGAACUGGACCGUCGAUUUGCCUUACUACAUUCUUACAGACGAUCUGUUCACCAUUGCUCGCAUCUUCUACGCGCUUAGUCUGUUCGCAUUCUUCGUACGGCUGAUGUACAUAUUCAGUUUUAGUAUGGUUUUGGGACCGAAGUUGAUCAUGAUCAAUCGUAUGAUCGUCCACGACUUACUGCCGUUCUUGUGCAUCCUGUUGGUCUGUCAAAUGGGAUACGGAAUUGCAUUUCAAUCGAUUUCUUUUGCAAACGGGUGCUAUGCUGAGUAUCGGCAAGAAGAAAUGACCAUCAAUUCUACCAUACAAUACAAGACGGGUCUUCGUAGUUUCUACGAUAUGAUCAUCGCAUCAUAUUUCCAGAUGCUCGGAGAGUUUCGACUUGAGGAGCUUCAGGGUGAAAAGUCAAGUGUGCAACUCAGUGGCAUGAGUAAGCACUCAAUGCCGUGUACCACACACUAUAUUACCAGACAUGCCUACAGAACCCAAAGUUGUGAGCAGACACAAGUCACCGACUGUGACCUUAGAAAGCUCCAGUCCAAUAAUGGCCUUGGCGGAUUGAGAAAACAGGACCCUCAAUAUGCAAUGACCGUCGGUUGGUGA